GAUCCCUUACCCACCCAUUUGCUAGCCUUCUCCCUUGUGGGGCUCUAUGCAAAUACAAAUUACCUGAAUCAGACAGUGGAUGACUCACAGACUCCCCUUUAAAUCCACAUUGGCUUUGGCACAGUGGGUACAGAGAGAGCAGAACAAUGGCUUGCUCACCAUCACCAGUCUGUCUCUCCUACAGGUUGCUGGUUUUCUGGUUAAUAGUAACUGUGACAGAAGGUCAAAGAAACAGCUAUAAGCCCUUUGGAGCAUCAGAACCUAAAGUGAAUCCUACAGACUGUCAAAUCUUUACACUCACUCCUCCCCCUGCUACCCGGCCUCCCCUAACAACCUCCAAGCCUGUCACCAUAGCAACCAGAUGGUGCCAUUUUCCUCAUUUCAGAAAACCCAGAGUGGGCUUUGGGUUCCCCAACUAUCCUUUCAAACAUCCAUUCUACGGUCACCAUGCUCACUUACCACCUCACCACCGCUGUCGUCACCCAUUCCUCCUGCCUCGGAGAGGUGCCCACAAUCACAAGUACUUCCCCAGAAGAAAAUCCUCAAGCUCCUCAGAGGAAUACAGAAGGAAAAGAGAAAUUCCUACUCUUCUGAAGCAGAAAUGA